AUAUUUAAUUUCCUCUUAAAGAAACUCUCCCAUUUUUUCCUUCAGACAAACAGUACGGUCGAUUUCUUCUCCUCUUAACAAUGGCUGAACAACAACCAAGCUACGGUCGUCCACAAAGGCCACAAACUAGAUCCGCAGGUUUCAACAGCAACAUGACAACCCCUUCGUUUCUCCGAAAAUUACAAGAACAUGUCCCAAAUUCAACCCAACUUGUCGGAUUCUUGACCCUUAUUAUCUCCGGGGCAAUCUUGCUCCUUCUCACUGGCUUAACUCUUACGGCUAUUAUUCUGGGUCUUAUUUUCUUCACGCCUUUGGUCCUUAUCUCUAGCCCCAUCUGGGUCCCUGUGGGUACUGUUCUAUUCAUAGCCAUUGCUGGAUUCUUAUCUGUCUGUGGAUUUGGGGUCGCAAGUUUGGCGUCUCUCUCUUGGCUGUAUAGGUAUUUCAGGGGAUUCCACCCGCCCGGUUCAGACCGGGUUGAUUACGCGAGAAGCCGGAUUGCUGAUACGGCUAGCCAUGUGAAGGAUUACGCUAGAGAAUACGGUGGGUAUCUUCAUAGUAAAGUGAAAGAUGCAGCUCCCGGUGCUUAAUUGAACCGCUCAACAAGCCGCUCGAAUCGGAUUUUUUUUCCUCGAUCAUGCAUGUUACUUUUAGUAACGGUUUUGAAUUUUUUUUUAAUAUCAAUCGGAUCUCUGUAAUGUUCUUAUUUUAAGAGAAUGCAGUGAUGUUCUUUGAGAAUUAUUCAAGGUGGAUUUUAAAUUUUUUGUUAA